CCAGCCGCGUACCGAAAUGGCUGUGUUCAUGUCAACGCGGACGAACAUCGCGCGCGUAUUUUGACUUAUUUUUAAUCAAACGAUCGCCAUAUUGUUUUUGUUGUGUACCAUAAUUUGUAAAAAAUAAAAUUUAUCUUUUUUGUUAAUUCGGUUGUAUAAUACAAUGAUUACGUGUGUUUUGUAUGAACCUUUAUGACAUUACCUAGUGUUUGGAUUUAAAUUUAUAAUGUUAUCUGUAGUGAAUAAUUGAAUAAUAAUCCAUUUUCGAUCGUUAUCGGCCCAUCGAUUCCGUUAAUUUGUACGUCCGUUUACUAAAUCCGAGUUCCUUUGAUUUUUUAUAAUUAAAAAAUAAAUUUGCAAAGUGGUAGUGUCCAAAAAUAGCUUGUAAAAAUAACAGUUUGAGAACCGUCAGAGUUGUGUUUAAAUUUAGUGCAAUGUCUACGCUGAAAGUUAAAAUAAGAAUGCAUUUGCCAUUGUUGUAUAAAUAGUUAAUGUUGUGACUUUCGUGAUUUGUGCAAGUGUUACCUUCAUGGAUACUUUGUCUAUGGGAUUUUAAAAAUGGAUAAACCUUUUUUCCGACUGGUGGGCGCGCCAUGCGGCCAGCACGGGCAGUACACGUUCUACAAGGCGCUGCGCGUGACCGGCCGGCGCGAGCGCAUCAUCGCCAUCGGGGACUUCUUCUUCGUCAGGAUCUGGCAGGACUCCGAGCUGGUGUCCAUCGCUCCUGUUCUGACGCGCGUGUUGACAGGCGAGCUGCAGCUGCUGUGGACGGACCGCGUGUCGGACCAGACCCUGGUCAGCUUGCGGCUGUACUUCCUGCCGGAGAACACGCCCGAGGGUCGUAGCCAGCAUGGGGAGGAUGAGGUGCUGGCCAUCAACGACAAGGUGGUGGUGCGCGCCGAGGACCUGAUGAGCUGGAUGAGCGACGGUGAGGGCUGGCGCUGGGGGCUGCGCGCGGUGUGGCGCGGCGCGUGCGCCCCGCCCGCCGAGCCCAAGCACACGCAGCCGCUGCACCACACGCGGCUCGACUUCAGCGAUGUCGACAAGGAGAAGAGCGCCAUUGCUCAAGACGCGGAGUGUCCCGGCGUGGUGGUGUUCUCGUAUCCAAGGUAUUGCAGAUACCGCGCGCUGCUCUCGCGGCUGGAGGGCAUCCAGGCGGACUGGCUGCGGGACUCGCUGGUCGCCGCGCUGGGGGGGUACGCAGCACCCACCAAGAACACUAGGAUAUUAUACUGCAAGGACACGUUCGAGUACCCCGAGCUGGAGGGUCACGAGUUCGUGUGCAACCACCUCGCGCCGCGGCUGAAGGGCCGGCCGCGCGGGCGUCGGCGCCGCGCCGCUCGCUCGCGCUCCCGCUCCAGGUCCUCGCGCUCCAGCGACUCGGACAGGGGGCCCGCGCCACCUCUAACUCCCCGGCGCCUCUCCCUUCGUAACGGCGCUCCGGACAAGCUGAGCGACGAGGAGGACGUGGACGAGAAGCCGCCCGAGGAGACGCAGGAGGACAGAGACUUCCUCGCGCAGCUCCAGCAGUUCUACAAGGACAGGAACGAGCCGUUCAAGGGGCACACUUUGAAGGACUUGUCGCUGCGCGCGCUGUACCUGAGCGUGGUGUCGCGCGGCGGCUACGCGGCCGUGUGUCGCCGCCGUCUGUGGCGCGCGCUCGCGCACCACGCGCCGCAGGCCGCGCGGCGCAGAUACGAGAGAUUCCUCCUCCCAUUCGAGAACCACGAGCGCAAGAACGGCGCCUCGUUCAAGCUGAACGGCAAGCUGGACGAGCCGCAGACCAUCGACACGAUCGACGUCACCGACUCCCCGCUGCGAGAGGUGGAGCACCCUGUACAGCUGCCGGAGAAGCGCCUGCGCACGCCCUCGCCCAAACGGGAGGUCAAGGUCAACGUGGACAGCGAGACUGGCGAGUAUAAGGAGGAGAUGAACGUGGUGUCCCUGCCCGCGGAGGAGUUGAACCGGGAAUUCCUCGCGGCGCUGCAGCGGGACGAGCGCAAGAUCACCGUCAAGCCCGUCGAGCAGCUGCUGCAGCCGCGGGACUACGCGCGGGACCACACCCGGGACCAUGUCCGGGACCACACUCGGGACCACGGGCGGGACCACACCCGGGACCACGCCCGGACCAAGGACGGACAUGUCAGCGAGCUCGCGCAUAAGCUCAUCACGUCAAGUGGUGUGGACACGCGGUUGUCGGAUACAUUGUCGGUGUCGGCGAGCGGGGCUCUACCUGCGGGGGCGGCGGCGGCGCCCGCGGGAGCUCCGCCUGCUCCCUGUCUCAACGGGCACGCGCCUGCGCCCGCCAGGACUCUCCCCGGAGAUCAGAAGAGCAGUCGUCCGGCGGGGCGCAGCUCGCUGCGGGCCGUGCGCGUCAAGCCUGCGCGCGCGCCGCACGUCACCGCGCCCGCCGCCGCGCCCGCCACGCCGCCGUCCCUGCCCCCUCCGCGCGGCGAGGCGUCGCCCCCGCUGGGCGCUCCGCUGCCGUCCGCCGCCACCAUCAACAACUUCGGCAUCCACCACCCGCCGCCGCACCGACAGCACCACAGCGACGACGAGAUCGUCGAGGUGCCGUACAAACCAAAAACUCCAGAAAUAAUCGAUCUCGACGAGUACCCGGAGAGUCCACAAGCAGUCAAGAAAAAAAAGCUGGACAUCCUGAAGGAGCGCGGGCUCGAGGUGACGGCGCUGCCGGCGGGCGGAGUGGGCGGCGCGGCGGCUGUGGGGGGCGUGGGGGGCGGCGUGUGGGGCGCGGCGGGGGGCCCGGCGCCCGUGCUGCUGCCGCUGCUGCCGGCGCAGCUGCUGGGCGCCUACAGCGUGCCGUACCGCGCGCCCGCGCCGCCCGCCCUGCCGCGCCCGCCGCGCGUGCUGCAGUCCGUCUGCACCUUCGGCAGCAGCGGCCCGCAGAAGACCGUGUACGGCAACCCCAAGGACCCCUUCAUGCCGCCGCCGCACGUGCUGCACGGCGCGCCGCUCCGCCCCGCCCGCGCGCCGCCGCCGCAGGACCCGCACGACAUCCUGGACCUCACCUGCAAGCAGGACCUCUCGCCCGCGCCACCGCCCGCCGUCGAGAUCGUGCGCGUCUCCGCGCAGAACCUCAGCAAGACCUACGUGCCGGACGGCAAGCCGGUCGGGCCCAACCUGGAGAUCACGCUCGUCAACAAGGCGCACGCGCCGACGCCGGUCAAGAACCGCCCGCCGCAGAAGAGAUCCUCGAACGGCAAGUUCGUGUCGGCGAAGACGCCGACGCCGCCGAAGGAGUUCCCGUCGCCGUCACCCUCGCCUUCACCGUCGCCGUCGCCGAAGCCGAAGAGGCCGGCCAUCGUGGUGCCCACGUACCAGCUGGCGGAAGCGGGCGCGGCGCAGAAGGCGCUGCUGAUGGACGUGCACAAGGCGGCGCCGCUGGCGUCCGUGGUGGACCCCUACGUGGCGCUGUACAGCUCGCUGGCGGGGCAGAUGGACCACCGGCAGCUGGCCGUGUACCGCGACCUGAUGGCCACGCAGUUCCGCUCGUACGGCGGCCUGCUCAACAUGGCCACGCCCACCACCAAGAACUGAACCACUGUGGCGGACGUGUUGUAUGGGAACAAGUUUUUAUUCCCCUCGUUUUGUUUGCACAGACAAGUAACCUUGGAGCACGUGAUCAGACAGUCAUGCAAUCAGACGACGGGUGUCUGAGGGGCCACCGCCACGAUAGAGACAUGUGAAAUUGUCUCACAACUCAUCCCCACCUGAAAAGGAGAGGAGUUAUGGCGUGACGUCGUACGAGUGAUAGUGACAAAUUACGAAUGUGGUGUGACGUCAGUUUUCGCGCAGUGGACCGUUAGUGUUUGUUGGUUUAAUUGUCUGUGUGUUUGUAAAUAUUAGGGUACAAUUGUGAGGGGUUCGCGGGCCCAUGGUCCCCGGGGUGUCCCGGGCGGACCCGCGCGCGGCUCCGAUAGUUCAAUUCGUAGUUUAAAGCCAGACCGCCGUCGACAGCGCCGCGACACGAUCUCUAUUGUGAUGUGAGGGAGAACUAAUUAUAAUAAGUGUGGUCUGUUUCGAACUGUUUGAAAAGUUUUUGGUUGAUUUGUCGACUGAAGAAGCAAUUAGACGACAUAAUUGUAGCAAGCAUCGUGAUAUACCCCGAUUAUGCUUGGAAAUAAGUAACUUUAAUUUGCUAGAAAAUUUUGAAACACAAACUUUGCCAACAGUUUGAAACGAGCUCGUGAUUUUGUGAUAUGGACAUAGUGUUUACAAGUUAUUGUUAACGCAAUAUUGAUCUCUCACUAACUCUCCUGUGCCGUGGGUUUAGGGGAAGUUUGAUGCAGACCACCCCCAUUUGAAAAGUGGCCAAAGCGGGUAUUUGGUAAAAGUUCAGGCUGAAAAAGAUGCUUAUGGUUUAGUUUGUUGAAAAAUUCUAAUUACUCUAGUGACUGUAAGCGUCUGUCUAAACAAUAAAUGUAAUGCCUUAAUUUAAUGCUUACCAGGGGCCUUAUUCUCUAUCCCGCACGUUAUUUAAACAGUGUGUAACAAGCACGUAACACAACGGAUCAUGUUUAGGACUAGAAAUUUGGCUUACAGAAUACCAUUCCACGCACAUUUCUCGAAGAUAACAUGACACGGCCGCGUUACGCGUUUACACUAUCGUACAGAAUAAGGGCCCUGUAUACUUUGCACUGAUUUCAAUUUUAAGAUACUAGUUUUUGAAACCUAUCUGCCUCAAGGCCAACACAAUCCAGUACUUUGUUUACAUAAAUUUUAAAACAAUAUUGCUAUUGUGUACGGACAGGCGCUUACCAAGCGAGUAUUAACUUCUCUCAUUAUAGAAAAUAUUCUAAGCAUUUUUACAAGCGAUGUGGUUGUGAAGUGUUCAUCUAUCCACGGCACAGAGAGCGGGUUGUUUCAUACUUAGGUCAUGAAAGACCUCUCAUAUCUAAUUCACUACAUUUUUUGAGUAUAAACAGUGUAGUAGGCCUUUCUUCUGCAUGAAAAUACCUUAUAUUUUUAAGUAUUUAAAUUUUGUUCUGAUACAAAAGUUUCUUUACUUAAUUGAAUAAAUAUUUGUGUCAUAUGUGGGUAUAAAUUAGUUAUAUUAUAUCUAUAUUUAUAUAUAAAGCUGAAGCGUUUGUUUGAAUGCCCUAAUCUCAGAACCUACUGAACCGAUUUUGAUAUUUUUUAAAUUACUUCUGAGUGCUAUAGGGUACUUUUCUCAAACCAAGUAGAUAUGGGAAAUAUUGAAACAGCCCGCUCAGGUAUUAGGACCUGUUUAUAAAAACGCUGCAGGUAUCCAAAACGGAAUAAUAAGUAUAUACUUAGGUUUAAUACACAAUUUAACUUGACCGGAGUGAAGUUAGUCGCAGGUGCGACAAAAGGGCUGAAAUUAGUAACAAUUUUGUUACAGAUACGGAUGAAUUUGUCCACAGUUUAGUAAAUAAUUCUAUGGGUCUUACGUAUACUAGUAUAAAUGCGAAAACACAACUUUACAGGAGAGCGAUUUAAACAUUAUAAACUUUGUAAAUUUGUCAUAGUUCCUCACCUCAGUAUUUCUUACCACUUUUUACUGCACUGUUGAUAAAUUUAUCCGUAUCUAUAUAAGCACAAUUAUUAAUAUAUUACAGUCAAAUUGAAUUGUGUUUGAGCCUGGUCUCGGCAGGUCGCGGCGCGGUCUGGCUCGGUGUACAGGCAUCGCACUGUGACGUUACGAUUGGUGUACAAAAUAAAACCUUUCAAACAUUA